AUGAAAAUUUCAAUUGCUGCUCUUUUAGGACUGUUUUUCUUUUCAACAGUCGCGGCAAGUGAUUUGAAUUUUUUCGAAGAUAUACCUGAAGUAAAACUUAUUCAAUAUGACCCAUUACCGCAAGGAAUAUCUUUACCAACUUAUGUGCAUGAUUAUUUUCAAAACAUAGUUAAUCAAAUGAACGUCGUGCUCUUAGCUUUCAGAAAUUUAGUUCAAAAUGACAAACAAGAAGUUGAAGUAGUUGCCCGAGCCGUUCAAAUGGAUGCUAUGUCAAAAAUUGAUGAAAUUCUACGAAAAGUUCAAGAAAUAGUGGCUAAUGGCGGAAAAAUUAGUGAAUGUGCCGCUGGUGAAGAAAAAGCUAUUAAAGAAAUUACUGAAUUGGUUGCAGAUGGAAUUAAAUUUUGUGCGCAGGAUAUGAUUAUUGCGUUAAAGGAUUUAACUGGCGGUAUAAUGAAAGAAUCGAAUGAAUUAAUUGCUACAAUUAACGAAUUAAAAGAAGUUGUAAAAUAUUGCAUGAGCAAAGGCAAACUUGGCCAAGCCUUCUGUAUUACUGGAAACCUUACAAAAGGGCUACGAUUAGUUAAAAAGAUAAUUUCUGAUGCGCAAACCAUUUUUGGAAUUUUACAAGAACGAUCAGGAAAAUUAGUUGCUGCUGCAAAAGAUUGUAACAAUAAUCAUAUUCAAGUAAUAUACGGCAAACUAAAAAUAAUAAAAAAUAAUGUUGAACAAUGUGUGAAAAAUAAUUGAUCAUUGCUAUACAUUAUAUGAAUUUCGAGCCAAA